AUGAAGUACUCUCUAUCUAUUCUUGCAACCAUCGCACCGCUUGCCUUGGCAACUCCUUUUGCCAGACAAUCCGGCUCGAACCCUUCAGUCGACGGGCUGAACUUCGUCAUUGAUGGCGAGACUGGUUAUUUUGCUGGAACAAAUGCAUACUGGUUGCCAUUCCUUACCGAUGACGCCGACGUCGAUCUUGCAAUGGGUCAUUUGGCGGAAUCAGGCCUCAAGAUCCUCCGCGUCUGGGGUUUCAACGAUGUGAACACCGUCCCCAGCAACAAUGCCACUGUCUACUUCCAGCUCCACGAGAACGGCGCUUCCACUAUCAACACUGGAAGCAACGGCCUCCAACGUCUGGACUAUGUUGUUUCCUCAGCAGAAAAGGAAGGGAUUAAGCUGAUUAUCCCGUUUGUGAACAACUGGGAUGAUUACGGCGGCAUGAAUGCCUACGUUACAGCGUAUGGCGGCAGCGACCAGACGAGCUGGUAUACCGAUGCCGAUAUGCAGGGCGCCUAUCAGACCUAUAUAGAGGCAGUGGUCUCUAGAUACGCGGACUCGACUGCAAUUCUGGCCUGGGAGCUGGGAAACGAGCCGCGUUGUUCGUCAUGCGAUACUUCUGUCAUCAAUAAAUGGGCGACAGAGACCAGUGCGUUUGUGAAGUCUAUCGAUCCCAACCACCUGGUCACUAUUGGAGAUGAGGGAAUGGGCCUUAAUGGAUCCAGCGAUUAUCCGUACCAAACCACCGAAGGCAAUGACUUUGCUCUCAACCUGGCCAUUCCCGACGUCGACUUCGGCACCUUGCAUCUGUACACUGCAGACUGGGGGGUGACCAAUAACUCCUGGGGAAACCAAUGGGUCAAGGACCACGCCGCGAUCUGCGAGUCCAUUGGCAAGCCGUGCUUGUUUGAAGAGUAUGGAAUCAAGGAUGACCACUGCACCGACGAGUUAGACUGGCAGGAUACUGCGCUUGCGGCAACUGGAAUCGCAGGUGAUUUAUUCUGGCAGUUUGGCGAUACUCUUAGUGCAGGCGAAACAGCGGAUGACCACUACACUGUGUACUACGGCACCGAGGACUGGGACUGUGUGGUGACGGACCAUGUUGCUGAGAUCGGUAGUGGCCAGAGUGCCAGGAAGUAUAUCCGUCUUUGA